CUUAUAAUACCAUUUCAUGUGGUCUAUAUCUAUUGUAUUGUACCAUAUCUAUGAAACUUCUGCAAAUAUAUCAGAAGUCUGUUCAACUUUUUUAGUAGGGGAUAUACAAGCUCUACACCAACAACAUAAAACACAGCCUUUCCCUUGUUUUUUGUCCUCCUAUAUUUCCCUCACUCAGACACCCAACACUUCCUCAUGCCGAAACACCAAACAACCUUAAUGGAACCUGUUCUCACCCACAACCCCGGCAAUGCCAAACCCAACUAUGACUAUGAUGUCAUAAACUGGUUUGAACAUGUAUCCCAUAAUGCUGGUUUUGUCCAGACUCAGUUGCUCACCCAGAUUUUGAAGCAAAACUAUGGAGUGGAAUAUCUCAAGAAAUGGUUGGGGAACUACAAUAUCCUUGAGAUGGACGCAUGUGCAUUGGAAUCCCUUUUCUGUUCUGUGGUUCCCCUUGCCUCACACGCUGACUUUGAGCCAUUUAUCCAAAGGAUUGCUGAUGGGGACACAGCUCCUUUACUCACUCAACGACCCAUAACCACUCUUUCCUUAAGCUCUGGAACAACAGAUGGAAGGCAAAAGUUCGUACCCUUUACUCGCCAUAGUGCACAAACCACGCUUCAAAUAUUCACUCUAGCAGCAGCCUAUAGAUCAAGGGUUUAUCCAAUAAGGGAAGGAGGAAGGAUUCUUGAAUUCAUAUACAGCAGCAACAGGUUCAAAACAAAAGGAGGUUUAACAGCAGGAACAGCCACAACACACUACUAUGCAAGUGAAGAAUUCAAAAUCAAGCAGGAUGCGACCAAAUCCUUCACUUGCAGUCCCCAAGAAGUGAUUUCUGGUGGAGACUACAAACAAUCCACGUAUUGCCACCUCCUUCUUGGUCUCUUUUACUCUGACCAAGUGGAAUUUAUCACCUCAGCUUUCAUCUACAGCAUGGUGCAAGCUUUCAGCAGUUUUGAAGAAAAUUGGAUGGAGAUUUGCAAUGACAUCAGAGAUGGCACUCUUAGUUCAAGAAUCAAGUUACCAAAAAUGAGAAAGGCUGUUUUGGACAUCAUCUUUCCAAGCCCAGAUUUGGCUUCGAAGUUGGAAAGUGCUUGCCAUGAGCUAGAACUGGUAGAGUGGUCUGGUUUAAUUCCUAAACUCUGGCCAAAUGCUAAGUAUGUCUACUCCAUAAUGACAGGGUCCAUGCAACCAUAUUUGAAAAAGCUUAGGCAUUAUGCAAAUGGGUUGCCUUUAGUUAGUGCCGAUUAUGGCUCAACUGAGAGCUGGAUAGGGGUUAAUGUUGAUCCUAGUUUACCACCAGAAAAUGUAACAUUCGCCGUGGUUCCUACUUUCUCUUACUUUGAGUUCAUACCACUUCACAGGAAUGAAAAAAAACUUAGUUCAGGAGCUGAUGAUUUCACGGAAGAUAAGCCAAUUCCUCUCUCUCAGGUUAAACUAGGACAAGAGUAUGAAGUUGUCCUCACAACUUUCACCGGACUAUACAGGUGCAGAUUAGGGGAUGUGGUGGAAGUGGGUGGCUUCUACAAUGGGACCCCAAAGUUGAACUUUGUGUGUAGAAGAAAGCUAAUUUUGAUAGUAAACAUAGACAAGAACACAGAAAAGGACCUUCAACUAGUGGUAGAAAGAGGGUCCCAGAUUCUGACAAAGGGAAAGGCCGAGCUGGUUGAUUUCACAAGCUAUGCAGAUGUGUCAAAGCAACCAGGGCACUACGUAAUAUUUUGGGAGAUAAAAGGGGAGGUAGACGACAAGAUCCUCGGUGCAUGUUGCACUGAAAUGGACAAAUUGUUCAUGGAUCAUGGCUAUGUGGUGUCAAGAAAAACCAACUCGAUAGGGCCCUUAGAGCUCUGCAUUUUGGAGACUGGGACUUUCAAGAAGAUUCUGGACAACUUCAUCGCAAAUGGGGCAGCCUUGGGCCAAUUCAAAACCCCCAGGUGCACCACCAAUCGUGUCCUUCUUAAAAUUCUCAACACGUGCACCACAAAAAGGUUUCAAAGCGCUGCUUACAACACUUGAACAACAAUCAUUCAUCUGUAUCAUCUUCAUCAAUCAACACCUACUUUAUUA